UGGUUCAAAACUGCGAGGCGCGGGUCGAGGCUCGGGAACGCUGCUCGGGUCGGGAGUCGGGAGCGUCGUGGUCGUGCGUCGUCGUGGCGGCUCACGUCGAUCGAGGGCCGAGGGUCACCGGAGACGCCAGGAGCGAGCGAGGUUGCGUUGCGAGGGGAGGCAGCGAGCGAGGGAGCGAGGGAGCGAGAGAGUGUGCUUCGGGAGCCCUCGGGCAAAUGAAUGGGGGAAGAGCGCUGGGUUGGGGACUGCUCGCUGCAUCUGCCUCCUCCUCCUCCUCCUCGAGUCGUUGAAUCGUGAAAUUGGGUGGCUUUCGUUGUGGUGCCUCGACCUCCGGUCAGCUCUUCGCUCCUGUUCGGUCGGUGGAUCGGUGGUGAGGCGUAUGUUUGUGCUCGUCGAUCGUCGUGGUCAUCGUCGUCCAUCGAAGCCGAUGCGAUUUCGGAUGGCCGAGUGGGUGGAGCGAGUUGUGGUCGCGCAGGCGAAGUUGUGAUGUGAUUUGAUGUGAUCCGACCAGACCAGACCAGACCAGACGAGAACACGACAGCAUUGGUUGGUUCCGCUAGACUACGGUAUGAUCUGAUCUGCGCCACCGUUGAGCUCGGUCGCGGUGGGGAGGGGCUGGAGGUUGUUAUUUCCAAGUCUGGGGAGCUGCAAGCGUUUGAGGGAAGGUGGAGUGGUGCUUUGCGCUGAGCGGACCGCUGUAAGCUGGGCGGGCCAACAGAGGAGUCACGAUGGGAAUUUUUUUGUCGAAAUUGUUUUCUCAGUUAUUUGGAGACAAGGAGGCUCGGAUUCUCGUGCUAGGGCUCGACAAUGCGGGAAAGACUACCAUUCUCUAUCGCCUGCAGGUGGGAGAGGUGGUAGCUACUAUACCAACUAUUGGUUUUAACGUGGAGACUGUACAAUACAACAAUAUCAAGUUCCAAGUGUGGGACCUUGGUGGUCAAACGAGUAUAAGACCUUAUUGGAGAUGCUAUUUCCCCAAUACGCAAGCAGUCAUUUAUGUCGUAGACUCAAGCGAUACCGAUAGGAUGGCCACAGCGAAGGAAGAAUUUCAUGCCAUUUUAGAGGAAGAGGAACUAAAAGAUGCCGUGGUUCUCAUCUAUGCCAACAAGCAGGAUCUUCCUGGAGCUCUAGAUGAUGCAUCUGUCACAGAGGCCCUAAAUUUGCAUAAGAUCAAAAACCGGCAGUGGGCUAUAUUCAAAACUUCAGCUGUUAAGGGAGAAGGGCUCUUUGAGGGUCUUGAUUGGCUCAGUGACACUCUAAAAGCAAGAGGCAGAUAACUGAAGAAGCUCGACUCUGGCCAGAAUUUUGCAUCCAAAUCUUCGGGCAGGGAGGCAGCAUUGUGUUUUCUUCAACUCGAAGACGCCGCAAAGUCGGUCUUCAACACUCAGUUUCCGAGGUUGAGUCGUGUGGCUACAUUCAUAUUCUCACAACGUUUAUCUGAUAAUCUCAGCAUUGCAAGGAGGGAGCGUUCAGUUCUGGAUAACGGAGGCCGAAAGUAUCUUGAUAGAAUUUAACCUUCAAAACGUUCACCUCAGUUCCGACCUGUUGAUUGUAAGGAGGGAGGGGCCAUAGUUUGUAGGGUACUUUUGCUAGGAAAUACGUACAUAUCUAUGCAAUCUUCACGGUUGCUGAAUAGAAAAUUAUGCCUCUCUACCGUCAUUUGGUAUGGGAAGACAGAAACCACCUUUACCUAGCAUAAGGAAUUGGAGUCUAUCAUUAUAGUAUAGAAUUUAGUUUCAAAAGCGGUCAGUGUUGACGAUCAACCAGGUUUACUUGGACAUAAUUUUACUGAUUUUGAUGGCAGAAGGUGUUCAAGGAGUUGAAGUAAUCCGUAGGUUUUUGAAGUUAGAGGUUUGACCUUGGUUGUAUUCAUAAUUUGGCAAAUGCCGCCAGCUUAUGUGAUGUCAAUACUCCGUAAUGCAUAAAUUCCGGUGGCAUAUUUCAGAAGAAAAUU